AUGCGCGCGACGCGGUCGCUCUUCUCGACGCUCGCACACAGGCUGACUGCGCCGUCGCCGCUUAUCCGCGCGCGUGGCGGCGCACCAGCUACACCCCCGGCAUCGCUGGCCGACGACUUUGUCCUCUUCCCGGCCUUCUUCAGCCCCGGGGAGAGCCGCGCGCUCGCCGAGCUCGCGCUGUGGAAGCUCGACAGGAUGGACUCUACGCGCCGGCGGCGGCGGCGUAAGGCGACAGGAGAGGCCGAGGUAGUGCCUGUUACCGAUGAGCCGGUCACCCCGCUCGCGGCGGCGUUGCAGGAUCUCUUCGCUGGGCCGUACGGCUUUGAAGAGGGCCACUUCGACUCGGUUAUCCACCAGUAUCGCGAGUCGUUGGUGACCUCUCUCCCGCCGGUACCCGGGUCCACGCUCGCGCUCCUCGCGCGGCUGUACAACCUCGUCCCGACGCUGAGCGUGCCGGAAGAGCCCGUGCCCGAAGACCUGCCGCCGCCGCGCAGCUCGAUGCACGUCCUGCACCUCGCGCCCGAGGGCGCGAUUCUGCCGCACGUUGAUAACCUCGAGGCCAUGGGCGAGACGAUUGUGGGUGCGACCCUCGGCGCGCCGCGCGUCCUUCGGCUCGAGGCGGAGGGAGACGGGGAUAAACACGGGUGGGACGUGCUCGUGCCCUCCGGCUCGGUCUACAUGCAAAAAGGAAGCGUGCGGUACAAGUACGCGCACUCUAUUCUGCCCUACACCCAUGAGGACAGCAAGUGGGACGGAGAGGCGCUUCAACCUGGCCACCGCAUCAGUCUCAUGGUUCGGGACACGCCAAAGGCGCCAAUGUAG